CCGACGGAAUCCUAUUGAUGAAGUUUGAGAGAAAGCAUUUAAGUGAUUGGAUUCGCCGGUGAAUCUUUCGUGGGUAGAGUUCCACGUGACAUCGCAGCCCUCCAGUCAGUUUUCUUUCAAGUCACCGCAUUCUCGACAGCCACAUGAGUCGCAAAGGUCCUUCGCGGGGCAAAUACACGGUCGGAUGGAUCUGUGCACUUCCGAUCGAGCUCGCCGCCGCCGAGGCGAUGCUCGAUAAGCGUUAUGAUGACCCUGGACCGGAAGAGGGACGGGAUAGCGACAAUGACUCGAACAUCUAUACCCUCGGGGCCAUCGGCGACCAUCGGGUGGUUAUCGCUUGUUUGCCUGGUGGCCAGAUGGGAACCAACCAGGCUGCGGUCGUCGCCAUGCAGAUGAAGUCGCGGUUUAAGCACCUUCGAUUUGGCCUAGUGGUGGGCAUCGGAGGAGGUGUGCCCAGCGAGAAAGCGGAUAUUCGACUGGGAGACGUCGUGAUCAGCCAACCUGAUGGUGGCCAUGGAGGUGUCGUCCAAUAUGACUUCGGGAAGACUACCCCGGAUGGUGUCAAGUUGUCUGGAUACCUGAAUACGCCGCCCCCGAUCUUGCUCAGUGCGUUGCCGAGGCUACGCGCCAGACACAUGCGGAAUAAAGAGGCCAUCACGAAGAACCUCUCCAAGUAUACGGAGCUGCCACUGUUCUCUCGCGAACGCGCAGGGAUUGAUGAAUUAUACAAGCCAGCGUAUCAGCAUGCUGGAGGAGAAACAUGCGCUUCAUGUCGCAAGGACAAACAAAUCCAUCGCGACCUACGCAGGGCAGGAGAGGAAAUCAUGCUUCAUUACGGAACCAUCGCCUCUGGAAACCAAGUGAUGCGAGAUGCGAUCAUUCGCGAUCGGAUAAGCUCGCAAAUCGGCGGCGUUCUAUGCUUCGAGAUGGAAGCGGCAGGCCUGAUGAACAGCUUUCCAUGUCUCGUCAUUCGAGGCAUUUGCGAUUACGCGGAUUCUCACAAGAACAAGCGAUGGCAACCUUACGCUGCAGCGACUGCAGCUGCUUGCGCGACCGAGAUCCUGUCUAUUGUUCCGGCUAAAGACCUGGCAAAGAUGAUGACUAUCGACGACGCCGAAGUCCUUCGAUUAGCCAUCGAAAGAGUAUCAUCCGACGCAUUUUUCUCAUCACUGGCAAUACUCGACCAGGAUCAGCAUAGAUCCAACAUCCCAGACAUCGAUCCUUAUGAUUCCCGACAUUUUUGGGUCUUCAAAAAUAUCGACUUUCGAGGAUGGUACGGGUCGAGCGCAUCAGGUGCUCUUCUCUUGUACGGACCACCCGAAUGCUGUCUCGAUGGAAUUUCGGCAUAUGUGAUCGACCAGGUGAAACGGGUUUCUAGCUCGACGAGAAUCUUUUACUUUUCCUUCGCCACUGCGUCGUCAGACAGAUCUUUGAUCUCCAGCGUUGUGCAUACCAUUCUCAAUCAAUUGAUUCAGUUCACCUCAUCGAAGCAUCGCAUGUCCGUUGUCAAAAGCUUUCUCCACUCUCUACGAGAGAAGAUGUUGAUGGAAGGAAGUCGAAUUAAUGUCGACCCUGAAGGCUCUCCAAAGAGUAUUGUGCAGCAGAUUCUGGAAACAUCGGCGUCAGAAGAGCUGUGGUCCUCAUUGCUUAACCUUUUUCAUGCCUUUGACCAAGACUUUCUAUUGGUAAUUUAUGAUAUGGAUAAAGCUCGAACUGGCGGGGAGAAGUUCCUCAUUGACAUGGCAGGCUUCAUUCAAGGCCUUGUUAGCCGAGGUCGUGGUGUCAAGGUUCUCAUCACGUCGCGAUCGCAAAACGACGUCCAAAGAGCAUUUAGUCGCUCGGUAUCGAUUGAAUUCGACAAAGAGAGAAAAGGUAAGGCCGUUCCCCGAGAUUCUAAGCUAUACUAAAAUUUUGUAUAGAAUGUCUUGCCAGCUUGCAGUUUGACAACACUCGAUAUGACAAGAUCUCUUCGGAGCAGACGGGCUCCUUCGAGUGGAUUUGGUCCCAUCUUCGGUAUCAAGAUUGGUGCCAGUCAAAUUCGUCCCGGCUUCUGUAUC